AUGUCUCGCGGGGAACUAGCGGUUGGAUGGAUAUUCGGGAUGCUUAAAUCUAUAGAAUACACUUACGCUGGCGAUGAUUAUCCAUGGGAAUUUCCUGUCGAUCUCACGCAUGAGGCCGUCGCGAUAACUCUUCACGAGAGUGUGCAUUUUGCUCUGAACGCAUCUGACACAGAAUCUCAACUGGAGUGGGAGCAUAUCCCAACCUGGCCGAAAAUAGUUGGUCGCACCCAUCUAGGACCAGAGCACCGAGUUUUCGUGCUGGUCUUCGGACAUCAACUUCACUGUUUAUGGAUCCUGCAACAAGCUCUCCUCGACUACAACCGUGACCAACCCCAGGUCACAUACCAUCACACACAUCACUGUCUCAAUUAUCUUCGGCAGACUCUUAUGUGUGACCCUGCGCAUACGCUGGAAAUGGGAGACUUUCUGAGCGUCGAUUACGAGAAGGACAGAAUCGGGGACACAUUAGUAUGCAGAGACUGGGGCAAGGCAAAUUCUGUACUUGAAGAGUACCACGAGAAGUGGCUGCAGUGGAUGGCGCAUUGGGAUUAA